AACCAUGGCAGCUGAUCUUCCAAAAUCGAAGAUGACAACUAUUUUGAGUAUCGAUGGAGGUGGCAUCAGAGGCAUCAUUCCUUCAACUAUUCUAGCUUUUCUCGAGUCCAAGCUUCAGGAAUUGGAUGGCCCGGAUGCAAGAAUAGCGAAUUACUUCGAUUUAAUUGCUGGAACAAGUACAGGUGGUUUAAUUACUAUCAUGCUUACAGCUCCGAACAAAGACAAGAAGCCUUUAUAUGCAGCCAAAGAUCUAACCAACUUCUUUUUGGAACGUUCUCCAAAAAUUUUCCCCCAAAAAAACCAUUUAUUCAGCUCAGUCACCAAUUUAUUUAGUAAAGCUUUGGGGCCAAAGUACGAUGGAAAAUACUUGAGGACAUUGCUGAAUGACCAACUUGGGGACACAACUCUUAAGGAAACGUUGACAAAUGUUGUUAUUCCUGCGUUUGACAUCAAUCAUCUUCACCCUGUGAUCUUCUCCAAUGUUAAGGCAAGGUGGGAUGAAUUGAAGAAUCCAAAGUUGGCAGAUGUGUGCAUCAGUACAUCUGCAGCACCAACUUACUUGCCAGCAUAUGAAUUUCAAACAACCAACUCCAUGGGAAAUACUCACGUUUUCAAUAUGGUUGAUGGUGGAGUUGCAGCAAACAACCCAACCCUGGCUGCCAUAACCCAAGUAUCCAAAGGGACAAACAUUUGUGAACCCUUCAAGACCAAGCCCAUGGAAACAGAAAGGAUGCUAGUCCUUUCUUUAGGCACUGGAGCAGCUAAGAAUGAAGGAAAGUACAGUGCUACCAAAGCUGCAAAAUGGGGCAUGUUUAAUUGGGUUUAUGACAAUGGGGCCACUCCAAUAGUUGAUAUCUUCAGCGAUGCAAGUUCCGAUAUGGUCGACUUUCAUGUUGGUUCUUUCUUUCAAUCUUUCCGUUGCCACAAAAACUAUCUUCGCAUUCAGGAAACGGAUUUGAGUGGGGAAGUAGCAUUAGUUGAUAUUGCAACAGAGCAAAACUUGAAGAAGCUGACAGAGGUGGGGAAGGAGCUGUUAAAGAAAGCGGUGUCGAGGGUAAACUUAGAAACUGGAGAAUACGAGGCUGUUGAUGGAGAAGGUACAAAUGAAGAAGCCCUCACUCAAUUUGCCAAAAGGCUUUCUCAACAGAGAAAGCUUCCACUCAGCCCUUGAAUCACUCGGUUCUCUUUCUAUUUUUAAACUUAUAUCAUAUUGGUUACUUUAAACUUACGUUGGUAUGUCAUUUUUUUACUUAAUCUAAAAUAUAUUA